AUGAUUUAUGAUUAUUAUUUUCCUCCCUUACGAACCGCCCGGUACUUCCCUUAUCAGAGAGUCGUCUCGGUUUGUCUACGACUCGAUUUUGCUUUAUCUUCUGGUCGCGGCUCUGUCGUCCAUCCAUCUGAGGCAUCAUCCCCAUUCAAUCGCCUUACCAUCGUCCACCUUCCCCCCCCUCUCUUGGGUGGCGACGUUCUCUUCUUCCCUCAAACCUCAAAGCUUCCUGCAAAGCCGCCAGAGACGCGCCUGCAACGUGGCCGACGGUUUGGCGUCGCAUCCUACUACAACCUCCCCCCCGGAGCAGAUAUUUAUAAUCAUCAUAUCCGAUACCUGCCCCCUAUAAUCUAG